GAGCUGGACCGCAUCAUCAACAGGCUCAACGAUGGCUUUGCGCUGCGGCUUCGCAAGCCAGAUAUAACGCUCUCUCCUCGCAAAAACCGCGAGCGGCAGCGAAGUGAUGAAGAGGCCCGGGCUGACGACAUAUAUGAGAAAAUCCGAUUGCUGUACUAUCGGAAAGACACCCGGCUAGCCACAUGUCUGGGGCUCUUUGAGAAACAAGGGCGAUCGAUCUUGUCCAACAACCCCACCCGGUACUUCUCUGCCGAUGUUCGGGCUUCACUCCAAGAGUGUCUCCUGGAUAUCCUUCGGGGUGGUGAUGGCCUGCAAUCGAAGCAAUGGACCAAGAGAGUGUCUGAAGAGACUGCGGAUUACUCUCAGAAGCGACCCAGAGGCCCCUUACCUCACAGAUACGACCACCAUGGUGCAGUGGAUGCUCUCCCAGUCCGCUCAAGUGACUCCUUUAGAGACAGUGGUGUCUCGGUAGCUUCUGGGAGUUGCUCUAUAGGAGAAGUUAUUCAGCCAAUUCCUCACCAGACAUACCCUGAUCGGUCCUUUGGUUCAAGCCGAGCUUCUUUUCCCUCUGAAGUCUUUUCUUCAAAGAACACUCAAGAUACGUCAUUCAUCAGCCAGACAACUGUUGACUCUGGAUACCAAGACAACUCAAAUCGCUAUCCAUACUCACAGCAAACAUCAGCUGAAUCUUUUUCACAUUCGUUUGAAUUGAGCCAAAGCCAAAGGGAUCCGCAGCAAAAUCAGAAUUCUCUCCCUCGUACACCGACCAAGUCCGCCGAUAAACUAGAGCACCUCGAUGAUUCAGAUUCUAAAAGCCUGGUGGCAUCGUCAAGCCGCUCCAGCAGUCCUUCUGUGGGUGAGACAAUUGAGGACAAGCUGGAUAAUAUAUGGCCCAAAUUACCGAUUCCAGCGUUAACACAAGCGCCUUUGGCGGUGAUUUGGGAGAUUACAAGAGCUGCUCUUUAUUGCGAUGUUCCUCUGGAUCAAUUCGACCUAUUGUAUGAGCCGAACGAUGGCUGGCGCGACCAAAGCAAUUUGAGAGAUACAAUCUCAAGCCACGCUCUAUUCCAUGGCAAGAGCUUGCCCCAGUCCAGCGACUCGGUAGCAUGGCAGACAGCACUGGGCGACUUUCAGACCAAGUUUAAGACUGUCACGCUCUCGGCAGAAUUGGUUUACAACCAGGCCUCCACUGGGCCACUGUAUAGUCUCCGAUUGCACCCCUUGAAACUCGAGCUGGGCCAUCGACUGGCGCGUCGAUUUGGCGCCGAUCGCUUCUUGGAAAUUACUAUUCCGUCGCCGUCGUCAAGAAGAGAUGAGGUUCCUAGUAUCCUGAAGGAAGAUCCAAGGAGUCUUGAAAAGAUUGUAAAUUGGCUCACAAAAUCUCGGCAUUAUUUCCUUGGGCGGACUUGGAAACCAUUCUAUGUGCGCAGUGUCAAGGGCAAGAGAAUAUCUGGGACAACCAGGAGCGCAGCAUUGGAGAGAGUCUAUUUCUUUGCUUGCGACGCUAAUACUUUCCGUCCUAGUGCGCCUGAUGGGAUCUCGCCGUUGGCAGAAGCACUGGAGACUGAGCGCCGUUCGAAAAUGAACCUCAGUGGCCUCCUGAAAUGGGCCAUUGGCAUUGAUAAUGAAUGCAACUCGGAACAGCCUGUUACCAAACUGUUUUCCCGCCUGGCACUGAGUCUCAGCCGAACUUGGCCAACCAUUCUCCUUGAUGACCACCAGAUUAUCAGGAAGCGCAGGGACCUUAAGCCGGGUAAGAUGGUAAUGAAUGAUGGAAUCGGGCGCAUAUCACCAAGCCUAGCUAAGAAGGUCACCGAAGCUCUUGGGUUAUCCGACUGCCCAAGUUGUUUUCAAGGUAGACUAGGGAGUGCAAAGGGCAUGUGGUUGAUUGAUGUGGAUAGUGAGGAAGAUUCUGAGAGAGACUGGGUUGAAGUUUAUCCGUCACAGAGGAAGUGGGAGUGCGAUUAUGAUGACCCUCAUCACCGGACACUUGAGAUACGAAACUGGCCAUCAGAAUUGAAGUCGGCGUCUCUGAACCAGCAGUUUAUCCCCGUGCUAGAGGCGCGAUCACCACAACCCGACGCAAUGCGGCGCGUAAUUUCUGAGCAUCUACAGAGAGCUCUGCAUGCUGACCUUGGUGAGCAAGCAGCCGCCAUGAAGGAACCCAUGAGCCUUCGAUUAUGGAUUCAUCAAUCCGGGCCCUCGAAGAAUGAUAGGUCACUGGAUGGGUCCGCGAAAUUUCUGGCUGGCCUCCCCGAUAGUGGCGCGGAUAAAGUCGCCUUUUUGCUUGACUCAGGGUUUGAUCAGAGGAGAAUGAAAUAUCUCAAAGAACUUGUCUGGGACAUGUGCAAGAAAAAGGCUGAUACUUUGAAGACCAAGAUGAACAUCACCAUUCCAUGCUCCGCCUACAUUUACAUGGCUGCGGACUUUUCCUCAACGCUUGAAGAAGGAGAGGUACAUCUCUCCUUUUCCACAAAAUUCCAAGCCGAAGGCUUCUCUGACACACUGCUUGAGCACAUGGAUAUCCUAGUGGCAAGAGCCCCAGCCCACUUCCCUAGCGACAUUCAAAGAGUCAGGGUAGUCUCUCGACCAGAGCUUCGAAAACUCAAGGAUGUGAUUAUCUUUUCGACCAAAGGGGAUAAGCCCCUUGCUGAUAUGCUAUCAGGCGGCGACUAUGACGGCGACAUGGCAUGGGUUUGCUGGGAUCAAAACAUAGUUAAAAAUUUCGACAAUGCUCCCAUGCCCGACAAGCCGGAUCUCAUCUCGAGUGGAUAUCUUCGCCAAGUGACCACACAAUUCAAGGGUAUUUUGAAUCAGGUCGAAAGCGACAAUCACAUGAAAUAUACGAGCAACCGAUCCGCACUCCUUCAAGAUGCCUGUGAAGAGUUCAUAUCCAGAGCAUUUUUGUUCAAUCUGCAGCCCUCAUUUCUCGGUCGAUGUACAAAGUACAAAGAAAGACUCUGUUACUUUAAUAAUUCUGUUCAAGACCGAGCAGCUGUACAUCUAAGCCAAUUGCUUGGCUACUUGGUUGACCAGAGUAAACAAGGCAUUGAGUUUACUGAUGAAGACUGGAAGCGUUUCUGCAUUCAACACCUGAAGAAGAAAUCUACCUUUCUCCCUGAUCCGGAGUACGCGAAAGAGAAAGGGGCACCAAGGCCUGAUAAAAACGGUCGAUUGCAUAUCCUCGACUACUUGAGGUUUGAUGUUGCUGAUAAGGUUAUUGACGAGGUCUUGGAAAGCUUCAGCAAGACUGUCAAUGGUAAUAAUGCAAUACCCUAUGAUGAAGACCUUACAAAGCUCAAUAAUAUAUACGACGAGAGGGCAAAAACGUCUGCCAGCUGCAGGCAACUUCUAACGUAUUUGCGAGGCAAGAUUGGCGCGCUUCACGAUGAGUGGCGUGUCAGUAUGCUCAAAGGCAUUGAGGGUUCCAAGUUUUCCAACAAAGCAGAGGCCAUAUAUCAGAAAUGGAUUGAUAUAAAACCUCCGCCGGAGUUGCUUGCGAGCGGCGAAUUCCAAGAUUUGCUCCAGGAUUCCAACAAGGCUUCGGCGAUGAGCAACUGGGAGCUCCUCAAAGCUUCGGCGACGUUUAAGAACCACCACAAGAAUGGCUACAAGUUUGUGUGGUACAUGGCUGGAAAGCAGCUAGGCUACAUCAAGGCGAUGGCGCAUCGUGUUUUGGGAGAGACAUCAACAGUCACAGUGAUACCGGAGAUGUGGGGUGUCUUGCGACCGGAUAAGAAGCUCAUUAUGUCUCUCGCGCUGCAGCGAGAGGCUGCUCGAGAUUCAGAGAGCGCAGUGGCACUCGAAGAGGUGUUUGAGUUUGACGACAACGGCACCGUUAUUGACGAUGCCUGA